AUGAUCCUAAGCGGAGCUUUGCGACGAAGUCUAGGUUUGGAAAAAUCUACGGAUAGUCAUGUGCGCACCAAGCGAUGGGCUUACAAAGACAUUUUCUACCCAGACACAAUUUGGUCCGAUGGGGUGCCAUAUGCGUUCGAUCCGGAACUUUCACCUCUGGCAAUUACCAGCUUGAGAAACGCAAUCGCAUUCUGGCAAUCGAACACUUGUGUGACUUUUCGGGAACGAGACAAUGAGACUCAAUAUAUUCUGUUCACAGGAGAGAACGAAGGAUGUUUUUCCUCCGUGGGCAGAGAUACUGAACAACCAGAACAGCCAGUGAAUAUUGGAAGAGGUUGCUACCAUUUUGGUGUAACUACACACGAAAUCGGACACGCCCUUGGUCUAUUCCACCAUCAGCAGCGAUAUGAUCGCGAUGAUUACAUAUCUUUCAUCCAAGAGAACGUCCCCAGCAAUUAUUUGCGCAAUUUCGUCAAGGUAAGGCCAACUCAGCAAUGCUACACAUCUAGCCGAAAUAUGGUUUAGAU